CUGCACUACGGGACCCUCCUGGGCAGCAGAGCUUGUGCCCACAUGGCAGCAGCUGCCUGGGGCAGUGGGUUUCUCAAUGCUCUGCUGCACACAGCCAAUACAUUUUCCCUACCCCUCUGCCACGGCAAUGCUGUGGACCAGUUCUUCUGUGAAAUCCCCCAGAUCCUCAAGCUCUCCUGCUCAGAUGCCUACCUCAGGGAAGUUGGGCUUCUUGUGGUUAGUGCCUGUUUAGCCUUUGGGUGUUUUGUUUUCAUUGUGGUGUCCUAUGUGCAGAUCUUCAGGGCCGUGCUGAGGAUCCCCUCUGAACAGGGACGGCACAAAGCCUUUUCCACGUGCCUCCCUCACCUGGCCGUGGUCUCCCUGUUUAUCAGCACUGGACCUUUUGCCCACCUGAAGCCCCUGUCUGUCUCCUCCACAACCCUGGAUCUCGUGGUGGCAGUUCUGUACUCGGUGGUACCUCCA